GAUUAGUCAAUAGUCGAUCUACACCGCCCUAGUCUGGCUCGGAUUAGAGUAGCAGUUGACGUCGGGUUUUUUUUCGUGCACAUUAAAUAAUAAUAAAAAAAACAGUUAAAUUCCAUUUAAUUUGAUAAAUUAAUAACACCAAUUCAAUAUAAACUCAGGAAAACUAAAAGAACUAAAUUCAUUGUUUUAAAAUUUAAGAACAACAAACAAACAUCGUCGUCAUCGUUUGGUUGUUUCCCUGUCAUCCGUCUCCCUUUGCUACAUAUAUAUUCUAAACAAAAGCCCAACAACCACAACAAAACCUAAUCAUCAUGGAUUCCGAUGAAGAUUCAUUUGAAAUGGAUUCUGGCAAUGUGUCAUCCGGUGAUGAUGAUGAUUUCGCCAUGGAUGUCAUGGAUGAAAUACCGCCAUCGCAUGAACGUCAAGCUGAAUCUGAUGAAUAUCAUUAUGAAGUUUUGACCACAGACGAAAUUGUCCAACAUCAAAGGGAGAUCAUCGAUGAAGUUAAGGGGGUAAUAAAGCUACAACCAACUGUCACACGAAUACUUCUAAACCACUUCAAAUGGGACAAGGAAAAACUUUUAGAGAAAUACUUUGAUGGUAACACAGAUGAAUUUUUCCGUGGUGCACAUGUUAUAAAUCCAUUUAAUAAACCUGCCAAUACCAAUAAAAAUAAGAAUUCAAAGGCCAACACAGCCGAAGAAUGCGAAAUUUGCUUUUCCCAAUUGCCCUCAGAUUCCAUGGCUGGCCUAGAAUGUGGUCAUCGUUUCUGUUUGAACUGCUGGCGUGAAUAUCUAACAACGAAAAUUGUUACUGAAGGCCUUGGCCAAUCGAUUUCAUGUGCCGCCCACGGCUGUGAUAUAUUGGUGGAUGAUGUUACGGUUAUGAAACUGGUACAUGAUGGUCGUGUCCGUGUCAAAUAUCAACAACUGAUCACCAAUAGUUUUGUCGAAUGCAAUCAAUUGUUACGCUGGUGUCCGUCCAUUGAUUGCACCUAUGCAAUUAAGGUAUCCUAUGUGGAGUCGCGACCGGUACGCUGUAAAUGUGGCCACAAAUUCUGUUUUGUUUGCGGUGAAAAUUGGCAUGAUCCGGUCAAGUGUCGUUGGCUAAAGAAAUGGAUCAAGAAAUGUGAUGAUGAUUCGGAGACAAGUAAUUGGAUUGCGGCCAACACCAAAGAGUGUCCCAAGUGCAAUGUUACAAUUGAAAAAGAUGGCGGUUGUAAUCACAUGAUUUGCAAGAAUCAAAAUUGCAAACACGAUUUCUGCUGGGUAUGUUUGGGCUCAUGGGAGCCACAUGGCUCAUCGUGGUACAACUGCAAUCGUUAUGAUGAAGAUGAAGCCAAAGCAGCACGCGAUGCUCAAGAAAAGUUUAGAUCAUCAUUAGCAAGAUAUUUACAUUACUAUAAUCGUUAUAUGAAUCAUAUGCAAUCUUUGAAAUUUGAAAAUAAGUUGUAUGCCUCUGUGAAACGUAAAAUGGAGGAGAUGCAACAGCACAAUAUGUCAUGGAUUGAAGUGCAAUUUCUGAAAAAGGCCGUUGAUAUCUUAUGCCAAUGCCGUCAAACUCUCAUGUAUACGUAUGUUUUUGCGUAUUAUUUAAAGAAAAACAAUCAAUCAAUGAUAUUCGAAGAUAAUCAAAAGGAUUUAGAAUCUGCGACAGAAACAUUAUCGGAAUAUUUGGAACGUGAUAUAACAUCAGAGAAUUUAGCUGAUAUCAAACAAAAAGUUCAAGAUAAAUAUAGAUAUUGUGAAAAGAGAUGUACAGUACUUUUAGACCAUGUGCAUGAGGGCUACGAAAAGGACUGGUGGGAAUAUUUGGAAUGACGAGAUAUUCAAGAACCGUUGCUAGGGCGAUAUGGUGGUAAUAAAUUGAAUAAAAGAAAUUCGUUAUAAUUCUGCAACAACAACAACAAAUCAAGCCAGCAGCAGCAUGCAGUGUAGAGCAAAGAAAAAAGAAAACAUGUAAAACAACCAAGCAACCAGAAAAAUAAUAAUUAACAAUUCAAACACAUUUUACUAUAUAUACAACAACAACAACAAAAAUAAAUAACAAUUAAAAAAACAAACAACAAAUUUAAAUAGUUAUAACAAAACCAAUAAAAAGAAAAUAAAGAAAACAAAAAUAAACACCAACCAGAAAAUAAAAUUUGAAGGGAUGUCGUCGUUUUUGGUCUGGAAAAUGGACAAAAGCAAAGAGAGAGAUCACUUGGAAGAUACCCAAAAAAAAAAGAAAUCAAUAAUAAAACAAAAUUAACUAAAUUUUAGCCUAAAGAUAACAAAAAAAAUGUUGAGAAAUUUAUUAUUCAUUGGAAAAUUGCUAUGAACCGAGAAUAGAGAGUAUUGUCAAUAAAACCAAUAAAUAAACCCCUAACCAUGACUCACAUGAAAAUUGCUUAGUAUUAACAUUUAAAAAAGAAAAAACAGAGAUAUAUUUCAAUUGAAAAGAUAUGAGCAAAUUUAUUUUGUUGCAAAAAACCCCCAAGUGAUUGAGAUUUUGUUGGUUGAACAAAAAAUAGGCAUCUUUUUCUUAAUGAAAAAAGUAAAGCAUACUUUUAGGCUAUCUAUGAAAUUAGUUUAUUCUUAAAAAAGCAAAUUCUUUUGACAAAACUUAAACCAUCUCAUAUUUUAGUUGUUGUAGGCUUCUACCACACACAGACACACACACACACAAGAAGAAGAAGAAGAAAAAACAAAGCUUUACAGUUCUCGUUUUUUUAGCCUCUAAAAAUGUCCUUUUAAAUUUUAAUGCCAAUAAUUUAUGGAAAUUUCUAUUCCCUUUCGCUUUUGCCCAUACAAAAUAAUGAAGCUAUUUAUGUUUUCACUUUCCGAACAUCAAUAAAAAUUUAAUUAUUUUUUUAAAGCAAUGAUUUAAAAAUAAAGUUCCCAUAUGUUUUUAAACUUAAACCUAUGAGAAUUUUUACUCCUGCCUCCUCCUUUUUUCAUUUCACAUUUUAUUUGUUAUUAGCCUACAUUUGAGAAUAUAUUUUUAACUAUCUUAUGGUCUGUUCCAGAACUACAAGAAUUUUUACUACGAUAAACGAU